AUGCCUGGAAACUACUGCCCAACUGCGUCAUCACUUUGCCAGCAACAACUCACUCGUUUCUACACGCCAAAGCGUGACGCAUCACGUCCACACCCACACUCCCUACACUUGAUCACAAACCCCCGCAUCUCCACAUUCCUCAUCGCGUCGACAACCCAGCUCAUGUCCGGCGCCGACGCUCGGGAAACCAUCUCAUCACACGGCUUGAGCCACCCAAGCAUCUCACGUGCCAAUCCCGCAGCUAUGGAUCCAUCACAUACUGGGCCGCGACAGCCGCCCACGUCCGCCGAAAUCGAUGCCGCCAUUGCUGCGGCAAUAGCUAACGCGCCACCAGCACCUCCACCGAUGGACAUGGGGCUUGAAGCAUCCACACGAUCCUUGACGCCGCUCAUGACCAACAUCCUGCCCUCGGCGAUCGGUUCAGAUGGGCGCGUAAACCUCUUUGUUGGCAAUCUUCCAUAUCGGGUGCGCUGGCAGGAUCUUAAAGACUUCUUUCGAAAAGCAGGUACAGUACUACGUGCCGACGUGAGCCUCGGACCCGACAAUCGCAGUCGAGGGUAUGGUAAUGUCCUCAUGGGCAGCCGUGAAGACGCGGCGCGCGCCAUUGACCGCUUCAACGGCUUUACAUGGCAGACACGGACGCUAGAGGUUCGUCCAGACCGGCUUCCGCCAGAGUACGAACCACAACCACACAUCCACCACAAACCCAUGUUCGGCGGGUACAUGGGCUCGCCAAUGCACCACUUUGGCAGCGGCGGCGGCGGCGGGUGGCAUGGGCGGCCACCACAUCAUGGACCACCGUUUGGAGGGUUCGGCCACCAUCUCGGGCCUGGUUCCCACGGGGGAGGACAUGCGCCCCACCAGGCCUUCGUUCGGCCACCACCUUCUCUCGCCGCACACGUCCCUGCUGUGCCUCCCAUCGGUGCUUCGCCUUUGGCAGGGUCACUCACCGCGGGUCCAAAUGCCGCGGCCAGUGCGGCAGCCGCCGGCAGCCUCGGCUGGGCCACCGGCGGGAAUCGCGAGGUGUUUUCGGGUGCCGAUCGCAGCGGAUCGCUGGCCACGUUGGGAGCACUCCCUCUCGGUGCCAACGGCAAGCGUUCGGUUUCGCCGAAUAGGGGGUUGGAGCCGGGUGAGUCGAUGGGGCGUGUGGCCCUGGGCGGACGUCUGGGGCCCAGCCUCCUCGGAAAGCCAGCAAUCUCAGCCGAGACCCUCGGGUCGUCAGCCAGUCUGCGACGCCCAUCGACCAGCGGCUCUGACGCGCCGACUCCUGCGCUAGUCCCUCCCCCAAUUCCCCUCAACGGACUCGCCAACCAGGCCAAGGACCUCGGAGCACCCAACAGCGUGUACGACCGGGUCUGCUUCGUCAAGAAUCUCCCAUUUACAAUGCAGUGGCAGGACCUCAAGGACCUGUUCAGACCUGCGGGCGUUGUCAUUCGCGCCGAUGUCGCCACAACGCCAGACGGCCAGUCGCGCGGCUUCGGUACCGUGCUAUUAGCUUCCCCAGAAGAUGCGCAGCGGGCGGCUUCCAUGUUCAAUGGUCACGACGUGGACGGCCGCGUGCUCAAUGUCCAAACGGAACGGCAGACGAUAGACGAGGGCAAGAUACAGCCCAUGCACGCCGCAGAGCCCUUCUCUGCUUUCGCCACUAAACCGUCCCCACAGGGUUGGCCCAAAAACGCGUCCCCACCUGUCACUACGAGAACCCCUGCAAGUGAAGCGUUCGCAUCUGGCCCGUUGACCGGGUCAGCAGUGACACCAAGUGCAACCCGCGUGCCGUGGCCGCUGGACACGGGUGGAGCUGCGACGCCAGUCCGGCCCGGCGUGAACGAUGACCCGGCGCUGAACAAGCCGAGGCACCCCGGGCCCAUCACACUACCUCCGUUCCCCACGAUGACGGAGAUGAACCCGCUCAGUCCAAUGCAGACUCGCAACCUCCCGCCAAUGACACCGUCGAUGCCAGGGUUCGUGUUCAACGCUUACCCUCGCACCCCGCCUGCCCCGCACCACUUCCUGUCUGCCGGAGCGGCAGGUCCAUUCUCCCCUGGCGCUCCGGUGACGAGUCCAGUGCACAGCGGCCGCAACCCGUUGCUGAACGCUGCGCCUGGUGCGCCGGUGUACCGGCCGUUGAUUCAAAAAGGGUCCGCCGCCCUCGGCACGCCGACGACCCAAGUAUUCCCUGACAACUCUGAUCGUCCUGGGGCGGGCGCUCCAGGCGGCGAGGUCGACGACUACUUCCCCCCAGUCAAGGAGAAGGCUGACGAGGAGCUUGUGGGUGCAACUGCUGCGCUGUCAGUCAAGGACGAUAACCCGGUCGACGUGGAUCACGCCAGCACUGGCCUGCCAGGCAUGGCGCCUGAGGUAACCGUCACGGCGACCUCGCCUCCCGCGAACGGAAGGAGCAGUUUUGAUGGAGGUCUCAGAGGCGGAGGACCCACAGAGCGACGCGCGAGUUGGAGCGAGGUAGCGAAGGGCUAG